AUGCCAAAAAAACGUAGAAACGGAGGUAGAUCAAAACAUAACAGGGGACAUGUAAAUCCUUUAAGAUGUUCAAAUUGUGGUAGAUGCGUACCAAAAGAUAAAGCAAUAAAAAGAUUUAAUAUUAGAAAUAUUGUUGAUGCAUCAGCACAAAGAGAUAUAAAAGAAGCUUCUGUUUAUUCUACAUUUCAAUUGCCUAAAUUAUAUAUCAAACAAUGUUACUGUGUAUCUUGUGCAAUUCAUUCUCGUUUUGUUAGAGUUAGAUCAAGAGAACAAAGAAGAGUAAGAAAAGAAACAGCUAAGCAUAUUAAUCCAUCACAAUUGUAA